AUGUCGGGCCCAGUCGCGACCGCUCGCCCUCCGCAGGCUCUCCGCUUGCGCCGUGAGUCCCAACGGCCUGGCGUCGCCCGCACCAUGACGAGACUACCCAACACAGAAGAUGAGAGCGCGAAGCAGGACACCAGGCGCUAUGUCUACACGCAGCAGGACAUUCUGGCUAGGCACAAGGGCAAGCCGCCGUCUCUCCGCGUCUACCUGCAUCCAAAGCACUUUCGCAUAAACGACUCGCAGGAGACGCUGUCGUAUGCCUCGCCUAUGCGCGAGCUUCUCCAGGCUAUCCGCGACAAGGUUGUCCCCCACAACAUGUCCGAGGACCUUUACGCCGUCGACACGCCCUGGUACGACAACUGCCUCAUUGUUGAGGUGCAUGACUAUCGCUCGAGCGGUGUAAAGCCAAAGGACGAUACCAACAGCACCGGCGAGGGUGGCACCAGUGCUUUCUCUAUCCACAAUUACAACAACUUCAUCACGCCCUCCCCAUUUGCCCCCUUUCCCUCCAGCAAGCCCGCCUCGAAGCCCGCCCCGGCCGACGCACUGAGCAAGGAAGGGAGCACCAAGGAGGACAAGGAGAAUAUGCCAGCCCCGGGACAGAAUGGUGCCUCGCAGAAGCAGCCGCCGAGGGCCAAGGUCACCACCGUGGUUCUCUUCCCAACCCCGCAGUCCCACUUGACCGACAUACAACUGCUGGCCACUACACCUAUGCCUGACAUGGCAACACUCAAGAGGAUGCAGGCUGCUGGAAGAGCCGCAGGCAUGCCGCCAACUCCACUCACUGCGGUGCCUCCCACGCCAACUUUCCCCGCAGGACCCAGCCCGAAGCGUCAAAAGAUGGUUCUAGACGACAGCAACGUGCACGAGUUCGAGGCCGAACUUUACAACGCUACCUGCCCGAAGCUGUAUCUGGAGCCCACGAAGAGUCUUGGGGAAUCCCUUGCGCUGAUGGAGGCCAUCACACAUCCCAACAACCAGAAUCCUGCACCCGUCCGAAAGGCGCGGAAGAGGACUACGGCCGAACUGGCUGCCGACGAAGCUGAUGCUGCCACUUUGCAACGCUUCAUGUUGGCGGGCGAUGAACAACAGGCGACUAUGGCUGCCAUGGCUUCUGGAAAUGACGAAGGCACAGGGCGCGUGGCCCACAACUCGCAGACCUUCUCCCGCUUCAAGACCCUCGCCAGCAUCAAGUCCAAUCACGAGGAAGCAGAUCGACGUAAAAAGGAGGAAGAUGCCCGAAUCGCCCAAGCCAAGAGACAGGCGGCCGAGGUCGAGACUCAGAAGAGGCGAGACAUGGAAUCGAACAGGCAGCAAGCCGAGUUGGUGGAGAGACAACUGCUUCUUCGCCAGCAAGCCCAACAGCAGGCACAAUUACAGCAAAAUCAGACCCAGCAGAACGAAGCUCUGCGAGCCGCUACCCAUGCGCAGCAAAUGUCAAAUGCCGCCGCGGCACAGAUUGCACAGACACCCCAAUCGGCAACCCAGCCUCAAUUCUCCCCUGUGGUACGGCAGCACACUCCUUUGACCGCCGCCACAGCUUCUCCGCAUGUCAAUGGCCAAGCCUCUCAUCCUAGGGGAGGUACACCGAUGGUCGCAACAGCUUCGAACCACGCAAUCGCCAGCCCUGCUCGACCCCCGUCCGCUGUUUCUCAUCAUCCAAUGGGACGUACUAUAAGCCAACAGCAAAGUGCUAGUAGAACAGGUACACCGCAGAUGGUUCAGGGCACACCUGUCAUGAAUCCAUCUAUGCCAAAUCGCAACAUGACGCCUACUCCAAGCCGCAUGAGCCAAAGCAGCCCGUCUAUGGCAAUGCAAGGACAAACGCCAAUGAUGAUUCAUACCCCUCAGCCUGGUCAGAACAUGACCCCUGAAGCGAUGCAACAGUUGCAAAACCAGCAGCGAAUGAAUCAAAUUCGGAUGCAGCAAAUGCAACAGGGCAUGUCUCCAGGUAACCAGCAGCUGCAACAAGUUGCGAUACAGAAAGCCAGUAUGCACAUUCAACAACAAGGACUUCCUCCGGGCCAGAAUUUGCAAGCCUAUCGUCAACAACUCGCGCAGCAAUUCUACCGCCAGCUGACACAGCAGCCUGUUCAGCAGCAGCAGCAGCAGCAACAACAACAGCAGCAGCAGCAGCAAGCCAUGCAAAACAUGUCCCCUCAGGGUGUACCGCAAGCCGGUAUGCCCCAACAAGGCAUGAACAUGACUAAUAUGAGCAUCCAGCAGAUGCGCCAGAAUUAUAACUCGCGCAAAGCCAACCUCCUGCAAACGUACGGCACCCAAAAUGUCCCGGCCCAAUAUAUCCAGCAAAUGCAGCAACUCGAGAUGGCCAUCAAGACUCGAGAGCAACAGGCACAACAACAACAGCAGCAGCAACAGCAACAGCAACAGAUGCAACAGAUGAAUCCCGCUUUGCAGGGUCAGAUGCAAGGCCAGAUGAACGCACAAAACGUACAGAAUCCGAUGCAAAUGCAACAAUACCAGCAAAUGCUCCAACAACAACGCGCCAAUCAAGCCCGCCAGCAGCAGAUCAUGGCGAUGCGACAGCAGCAAGCUUUGCAGCAAGGUGGCCAGAUCCCGCAGGGCAUGAUGAACAACAUGCAGGGUAUGAACAUGGCGAACAUGAAUGGUGUCAAUAUGGGGAACAUGGGCAAUAUGCAGGGUAUGAAUAUGACCCAGAUGCAGGGCAUGCAAGGCAUGGGCGGCGUUCAAGGUGCUCAGGGCAUGCAGGGAAUGAAUAUGGGGCAGAUGAAUCAGCAGCAGCAGAUGCAGCAACAGAUGAUGAUGAUGCGACAGGCGCAGCAGCAAGCGCAGAGGAUGGGCCAGCAGGGCCAGCAGGGUGGUGGUGGUGGAGACAUGGGAUGGAGCGGCGUGUAG